AUGGCGGCAGCUCCUCCAAAUUCCGUCCAAUGCUUCGGCCGGAAGAAGACGGCGGUUGCCGUGACUCACUGCAAGGCUGGUCGUGGCCUAAUCAAAAUCAACGGUGUCCCAAUCGAGCUUGUUCAGCCUGAAAUCCUCCGAUACAAGGCGUUCGAGCCGAUCCUUCUUCUUGGACGCCACAAGUUUGCUGGCGUUGACAUGAGGAUCCGCGUCAAGGGUGGAGGUCACACUUCUCAGAUCUACGCAAUCCGUCAAAGCAUCUCGAAAGCUCUCGUCGCUUACUACCAGAAAUUCGUUGAUGAAGAACAGAAGAAGGAAAUCAAAGAUAUCCUCGUGAGGUACGACAGGACUCUUCUCGUUGCUGAUCCGAGAAGGUGCGAGCCGAAGAAGUUUGGAGGUCGUGGUGCUCGUGCUAGGUUCCAGAAAUCAUACCGUUGA